AUGUCUGAACAAGAAGUUAAAGAAGUACCAACCGAACAAGUCGAAGAGGUUGCUGUUGAAAUUGAUUCCAAAGCUGGGAAUGCAGCUGAGAAUGCACCAGAUGAAGCAGUUGAUGCUGGCACCUCAACUACUGAAGGUGUGAAAAGAAAGGAUUCCACUGAGACCACAGGGGAACCAAAGAAGAAGAGAAAGAGAAGAACGUACGACGAUGAUGAGCCUGAAGCAAAAAAAGAAGAAAAAGAAGCUGGUAGGAAUGAAGAAGGAGACGAGGAAGAUGAAGAUGCUGAGGCUGAUGCUGAGGUGCAAGAAGAGGGUGAAGAAGGAGAAGAUGACGAUGACGAUGAUGAUGAUGAUGAUGACGACGAAGAAGAUUACGAAGGAGAGGACGAUGGUGAAGUUGAAGAUGACGAGGAAGAUGAGCUCAAUGAAAUUGAUACUACAAACAUUAUCUCCACUGGAAGAAGAACAAGAGGUAAGCAAAUCGAUUUUAAGGAGGCUGCAGCAAAAUUGGAUGCAGACAAGCAAGCAUGA